AUGCUAAUGGCUCGGGGCGGUCGCUACUUGUGGCAAGCCCUGCAGAGCAGUGACUCAAGUGGCAGGGCUGUGUCUCUUGCAGUUGUUCUGUGUCUUUGUGGUGGCUUGGCCAAAGGCCGCUUUGUGCUGGCGAAGGCUGCGCUACGCAACAGGCGUCGCAUAGCAGCCCUCUCCAAGCCCAAGCCCUGGCAGAUCUUCUCGCCUCGUUUCUACCCUCUCAUCAUGGUGAUGAUGGGUAUGAGCAUAGGGCUUCGGAAGCUCUUCAACACAGGCUUUGCAGGUGGCAUGGUGACUUAUGGAGGUAUCGCUGCCAAGCGCUUAUGGGCCGGACUCCUUCGGUCAGUGCUUCGUAGUGCUUCCAAGCAGUUGCAUUUGGACCGUGGCACUGUACUUUUCCUUCAGGGUGACCUGAACAGCCGCACUUUUUUGGAAGGGCGUGGCAAGGACCUUUUGCUGGAGGUCUUGAAGGACCUGCCUCUACAGCGUGCCAUCCAGCGUGGCAUGGACUUGCCCAAUGGGAGAUGGUAUGAGGUGGCUUGCCCGGAUACGGCGAAAGGUGCACUUCAGCUUCCAGUGACCUACAAGUUCAUCCCAACUUCAGAGGCAUCAGCAAUCAGGAUCGGAGAUGUCUUAGAGGAGGCUGGCAAAGCCAGGUUGUUCCCCAAUGCUGUCAGCAGUGGCCACUCGCCAAAGAAAUACCGCGAGACAAUGGUUGACGCAGAAGAUGCUUGCAGCAGAUGGGGCCUGGCAUUCCAGAAGAAAAAAAACUUCCGGCCUUUUCGCUUCCCGGCAUGCCCAGAUCGGAUGAUCUACUGGGCGCCAGAUGUGUUGGCACCGCGUCUUUUUUGGGAACCCUACCAGGGCUACCGCGUCAACCAUGAGCAGCGCGGGAGUGAUCACAAGCCCGUUUGGCUUGACCUGCUGCUGCGCGUUGCUCCCGCUGGCUCAUCGCAGUGCGAAGAAGCUAUUGACGAAGAUGUGGCGGACUUGGAGGAAUUGGGCCUACCACACGAAGCCACAGGGUCACGAAGCUGGUGGCCGAGGCGGCAAGAGUGUGGCUGGAACUGGACGCCAGACAAUGAUGCCGCAGACUGCGAGAUUUGCGAUGUCCCAUUCUCCUUUCUGCGGCGGCGCCACCAUUGCCGGCAUUGUGGUCGAUGCAUUUGUGACACCUGUAGUCCAGUCGAGUGCUGGCGCAUUGUGCCAGAAAUUGAAGCUACACGGCCCAGCCGUUUUUGCAUCGAGUGCUCCCGACCUCCAAGUGAAGCAGCAGACGACUGA